AUGGACAAGCCACGCACAGACUUCCCAUCAGUCCGAGCCUGUCUCUUCGACAUGGAUGGCCUCCUCAUAAACACCGAAGACAUCUACACAUUAUGCCACAACAUCCUCCUUCAAACCCAUAAUGCGGGCCCAAUGACCUGGGACAUAAAGUCCCAACUCCAAGGCCGACCAGCCAACGAAUCCAUCCUGCGCCUCCUCUCCUUCUUCAACCUCUCGCACGUCAACCCCGAAUCCUACACCAGCGCCCUCCAUACAAUCCAAGAACGCGAGUUCCCGAACGCCCGACCGCUCCCUGGCGUCGAAGCCUUGCUGCAAACCCUCAGCACAACCCAGAAUGGGGGAAGGAGGAUACACAUCGCGCUCGCGACAAGUAGCCAUGAGGGCCAUUUUAAGCUGAAGACGCAGCAUUUGGAGGAUAUGUUUGGGGUUUUUAAGAAGGAGAGGAGGGUGCUGGGUGAUGAUAAUAGGAUUCCGAAGGGGAGGGGAAAGCCGAGCCCAGAUAUUUAUUUGGUUGCACUUAAGGCUAUUAAUGAUACGUUGGAGGAAGGUGAGGAGCAAAUUAAGCCUGAGGAGUGCUUGGUGUUUGAGGAUGGGGUGCCGGGAGUUAUUGCAGGUAGGAGAGCUGGUAUGAGGGUUAUUUGGGUGCCGCAUCCGGGGUUGGCGAAUCAGUACUUUGGGAGGGAGGCUGAGGUGCUAGCCGGGAGGGGAGAAGGAGGGGAGCUGGUGGAUGAGUAUCAGCUUGGGCGAGUUGGCGACGGAUGGGGAGAGCAGCUAGUCAGCUUGGUUGAUUUUCCUUAUGGGAAGUAUGGGAUUGUGACAGGGAAAUAG